UUUUGUUCUGUGUGCGGCGGAGAUUUCGUUGGAUGGAUUUUGUUUGUUUACUUCCAAAAUGUUUCAGAAAAUUUUAAAAACAUGACUAAUGUUUUGCUGUAGGUGUUAAGUAAACGAUAAGAAAUAAUCUAAAAUGGCUGAGAAACCGCCAAUCGUGAAUACAGAAGACCCAGUUAUGGACAUGGUUAAUGAAAAAUUCAACAAACUUGGUGAUAUCGAUGAUGAUAACGAAGAAGUUUCAGCUCAAAUGACGGCAUCUUAUAGUGAAAUAUCUUUCCAUUCGGAUCCUGUUCUAGGUAAUGAAGAUAAGGCUGCCCCAGGACCAUCACGACCAUAUAAUUUACCAUCAGAAAUGAAUAAGAAACAUGAAAAGUUGCCUUUGGAUAUGGAUGGGCAUGUAAGGUAUGAGGGUGAUAUGACGCACUAUGUUGCAGAUGACUUAGAGUUUAAAAUUAAGCUUUCUAGCCCUAUCACAAAGAAAGGCGAGACACCAGUAUUUGGCAGCAACAGUGCUUCUAGAUCUAGCACCCCGGGCAAGUUGUACAGACAAAUCCUAGCCCCACAAAUCGGUCAAAUUGAUAUCACUGUGCUUAACGAUCUGGAAUACGAAGCUCAGAGAAUAGCGCAGUCUGUUGAUAACUUGAUAGAAAACUUAUCUAGUAUACUGCAUUCAAAUUCCUCAUUAACUGCUGAAAAUAUGGAAGUAUACAAGGAUGCUGUUGGUAAAACUUGUGAUGCUAUGGAUAAUAAUAUUAAGAGUAUGUAUACAAUACUAGCCAAGGGAGAAGAAGUGUCUCAAGCAAUGGUGCCAGUGCAGGCACAAGCGGCUCGGAUAGCUGAGAUAAAGAGACUGCUACAAAUAUUUGAAAACAACUUUUGAAUAGAUACCAUUAUUCCUUCACGCUUCAAUCAUAUUUAUUAAUAGGUACCUACAGAGUGUGCUUUUAACUUGUAUAAUGAUAAUAAAUUGUUUUAUAUGAGA